AUGCUACAAAGUUUGAUCCUCUCCCUGCUCUCCAACAGGACGCCUCCGGUCCCUCCCGACUCCCAAGCCCAUGGUUCUGGUCAUGCAUUAACCGCAUCCACAUCUCCAUCCUUGGAGGAGGAUUCUUCACCUCAGAGAUCACCACCACUGCAAGAACAGGUUUCUCCAAGCCCAGACUGUCCCUCCUCCGGGGACCAGCUCCCCCAAACCCACUCCCCGUGGGCGCUUUGUUAUUUCUCCAACUCUGCCCCCAGGUCGGCUGCCCAAGCCCUGGCUGCAAACUUUUGGUGGCCCACUCUCCCCAGACCCCGGGAAGGGAGGACGCGAGGCCGGGAGGCGGGAGGCUCACAGGUGCCACCAGCCUCCACUCCUAGGAGGCUCAGCUCGGCGCAGCGUAACUUGACAGCCACAUCCAUAACUGCCAGCCCACGCCCUCCAUCGCCCCGCCGGGAGGCGGAGAACAAAGCUGGGCGCCGAGGGGACCUUGGGCGACCCCGGGUGGAGAGCUGCCCCGUGGUGACUCGGCGCCGUCCGGGGGGGGUCCCCACCCAUCCGGGCCAGCCUCCGCGCUCCCCACCGCGUUACCUUAGGGCCGCCGGCCGGCUUCCCCCCGGAGCGCGCCCGGCUGCCUGCCCGGCAGCUGCUGCUGCUCCCUCGGCCCGCCGCGCUGCCUCUGCUGCUGCUGCUGCUUGGAGCCAGCUGGAGCCUCCUGUCCCCGCCCCCUCGGUCCUCCGGCCCCGCCCCGGACCGAGGCUGAGCCUCUGCCACGCGCUCCCGGCUGUUGAGGCUGCCGCGCUGCCUGCUGCCGCCUCCCGAGACUGGCAGCUGUGCACCCGCUCCUGCGGCGGUGGCGAAGGGGGUGGGGGGGGCACAGUCUGUGUGGCUACCCCCCUAUCCUGCCUUCGAGCAAGUCCCGACUCUGCCCCCUCCCCGACAGUAGCACCCAGUCUGGGCCGGGGCCGAACGGAGCCGGACUGCCCAGGGAGCGGGUGCUGCGCUGCGCUGCGCUGCGCUGGGAAGUCUGGCUGGCUGGAGGUGCCCGGUCAGCGAGCCCACGCCCAAAGCAGGAUUCCACCCGGGCAUUCCCCCAAACGCAUUCCUGGAACCGACGUGCCCCUCAGUGGGUACGACUGCCAAGUCAGCCAUGCCAGCCGAGAAGACACUCGGGCCAGGUUGGCUUGGCAGGCUCUGCAAGCCCCCAGAAAAUGCCACAGGUGGAUUCCAGGAAUGCGUUUGGGCAGGGGUGCCCUGGUGAGAUCUUGUUUUGGGCAUGGGCUCACUGACUGGGCACCUCCAGCCAGCCAGACUUCCAGGGCAGCACAGCGCAGCACCCGCUUCCUGGGCAGCCUGGCGUAG